GUCGUCGUGAAUGUGUUAGUGUGCUAAUCAGUGCAGGAGCCAAAAUUGAUGCCAUGGAAACAAUUCAUGGAACGCCUUUACAUGCUGCAUGUGAAAACAACCAAUAUGAAAGUGCCAAAUUAUUGCUUCUUAAUGGCGCAAAUCCUAGUGCUCGCAUCCGACACAAGACUCCUCUGCACUGUUCAGCAUUGAAUGAUCAUUCACAGUUAGUUGAGCUACUUUUGAAGUUUGGUGCUGAUGUUUUCUACCGAGAUGCAAAAGAAUUCAGACCAUCGGAGCUUUGCAAGCCAAACAGUGAUUCAUACAGGAUUUUAAAAUUUUAUGAAGAUAAUCCACAGUCACUUUUACAGCAGUGUCGUUUGAAAAUUAAAGUUUUGCUGUCAGAUGGAAGACGCUACUUCAAAGGUGCGAUUCAGAGCUUGCCUAAGUCACUGCAGUCGUACUUGAAUUUCAAUGAGUUUAGGUGACAUAGCAAGUUGACAUUUGAGGAAAAUCAAUCAGCCUGGCUUAAACAUAUUGUAUUUAAGAUUUGGACUGAACAUUGCUUUUUUGUACAGUAGUCUAACAAUUUAUAAUCUGCUGUGCUAAAGAAAUAUUAACAGCAUUAAAAAACUAUAAGUUACUGUGUCACAGAUUCUAUUGGUAAUUAACCCUCAAUCUACAAAGUUACUGUGUGCAGUAGCAUAAGAGUUUAUUUCUUUUAUGAGCUACUAUUAAAUUUUGCAAUGAUUGGUGAUUGAUUCUGAAAUUAUAUAGCCCAGGAUGAAUUAUCAGUCCCCAACCUCCAAUUGUAAAGAAAUUAGCAUUUACGGAAGGGGCGAAAUCAAACAUACGACCUUUGUGAGUGUGAUGUAUUUUCUCAAUAUAUACAUAGAUGCAACGUAAAGCUGUACUGUAUAUGUACUUAUACUUAUUACUUUACACUCUUACCCUCUCCUUUUUACAUUUUGCACUCUAACAUUUUACUAGAAUUAUAUAAAUUCAGUUAAGAGUCAUCAGAUUAUCAAUAAAGAGAGCUUACUAAUUGAUCUCUCUUAUAGUGCAUCUUUACCAUAACUGACGUCUGAUGUAAAAGAUACCAGCUUGAGUCACUCUACUCUUCAUUCUCUAGCAUUUUCUUGUAUCAGUGACUCUGUUAUAAAGUCUUUAUUGUAUGUCAUUGUUAUUUUUAGUUUUCUUUUAUUGUAUGCACCAGAGUUAUUUGUCUGUGAAAUGAGGCAGUUAGGUCUUCUAGGGCAUAAUGAUGACAGAUUUGCCCUUGCUCAGCAUCUCUAUAUUCCAUUAUUGACCAAUGACAUAUCAUUCUUUAGCAUUUCAAAUGGGAUUGAUUCUCCUUGUUGACUCUCAAAUUUCAUAAUUUAUUAAUAUUAUUCCCAGUAUUGCUGGUCCAUCUGUUUCAUUAACAAAAAAAUUACAUGUGAAGGGUUUCCCCUUGUGUUCUGCUUUAAUGCUUAUUAUUCCUAGCUGCUUUAUUUUGGAUCCACCAUAAGUUAUUAGUACAACACUGCUUUGUUCUGGUACACCGUUGCUGGGGUAUCCUUUACCUGUUAUGUUUUCAGAGUUUUCUUUAUAGAUUCUUACGUCCCUCUUCUAUAGCAACAAAUGUUGUGCAUUCUUAAAGAUGAUUUUGUUUCUCACUGCAACUGUGUGGUUCUCUUUUUGCUGUCCCAUAGACAUCAUACAGUCACGGAUAACCUGGCUCUCAAAGUAGUGCCUUAUAUGCAUUGCUGAAGUGAGUGUUAGCAUUUUUUUCUUCCAGACCUGCACCGAGUUCAUGACCAUGUUCCCUAUUCCUGAUUAACUUUGCGGGAUCAAUAUUUAAUUGUUAUGUUAAAGUUGACCAGUUUAGCAGCCCAUUGUUUCUCUGUAGCUCACAGUUUAAUUGUGGUUUGAAAGUAGCUAGAGGAUUGUUAUCAGUGUAGACCAUACAUUCAGAAUCCAAUAGAAGAUCACGAUAUUUCUCUGCCACAGCCACUUUAGUGCCAGUAGCUCCAACUUCAUACUGCUGUAGUUUUGCAUGUUUUGCUCCUUAUAUCUUAAUCCUCUGAUGACACAAAAAUGGACAUUUAAAAUAUAUUUCUGGACAUAUAUAAUAAAAAAAAGUUUAACGUUGUCAGCAUUCACUCUUCUAAUUUAUAAGGGUAUCCAUCCUGGGUACUGCCUCCAAAACACAGACCAGUUCGUUUUAACACUAGAAGGUGCAAUAAUCUUAUUUUGUAAUACAGAAUAUAUGAUGAAGUGCAUUAUCUUUAGUUAUAUGAUCUUAGACAUUUUUUAAAUGUGUAUAACCCUAAGUUUGGACGGUGGUUAUUUACAUGACUGUGUGCAGUCAUGCAUAACCAUAGUAUAUCAUGGGUGAUUGAUCCAAUGACUGGGUAAUAAUUUAAAGGGCGCAUAAGGACCUUGUUGGGAUGAUGCGCUAAAUAGGAUUAACAUAAAUACUAUUUGCAAAUUGUCCUAAAAAACCUAGCCAAAUGGCCAUGUAAAGUAUAUUUUAUAUACAAAUGUCCUCCGUUGAUGAUCGCAAUUUUACGAAAAUAAUUAUGCAAAUUAAAUAUUGGUACAUCACAUCUUUGUUGCCUAACUGCCUUCAAACAUUUUGUUGACAACAAAAACAUUGAUUGUGUACUGCUGACGAGCCAGUAUUUUAACAAAAGAACGUGAGAAAAACGUUUGUCCAAAUCUUGAUUCGAACCCAAGACCUUCCGAAGUGGAAUACACCGUUGGAUGUUCCCAUGAUGACUUAACAUUGGUGUUUCUUCGUAUGAAAGUUACUAUCGUGAAUAAACAUGAGAUUGGAUUAUUAUAUCUUCUGUUCCAAUUGUUGCGUUUACAUUAUCGCCAGAGCUAAAAACAUGAUCGUAUUACAGUAAUCAAUAAAAAUGUAUCUCCUUGUUUAAUAAAAUCAGUGAUUUUCGUAAAAAUGCCGAUAACUGUAACAGAUAGGGCCUAUAAUUGGGGAUUGGCAAAAAACUUCAAGUUAUUUAAGUAAACGUAUACAUUAUUAUUUUGUAAGGCCAUUGCAAACUAAAAUACAGUUACCUCCGUAGCAUAUAUAUUUUCCAGCUGUUUAUAAAUAACUUUUGAAUUGACAAAAUGAAUAACAAACACUUAGAUAAGUCAUGAACUAUAAAUGUGCUGAUGAUUAUAUAAAUGGAUAUCCUUGUAUCUUGGAAAAUUUGUACUGUAGGUUGGGUUGUUUUGUCCGGACUUUUGGUUAUCGGCCAAGACUUCAGCCUCUUCGUAGUAUCUGUCACUAAAACUUUAAUGAUCUUCUAUAUCUAAAUAAUGGUGACCAUGAUAUGCAAUUAAUAAGGGAAAUAGAAGACUUUUCUGUUUAUUAUAGAAGAUUUAGGCAUAUCUGAUUGACUACAACUUCAUAUGAUUUAUUUAGAAAGUUUAAGCCUAUAAUUUGUGUUUCGUGUUUCGAUGUGUCCCUAGGCAAGUCACUUUACCUACAUUUUGUCUCUUUCCACCAGAAAAUAUAAAUUGGUAGUACCUGGUAGGAUGCUGUUGCACUAAAUGCAUAUGCGCAAUGUACUGCGACGACAGGAACACUCCCUAGGAAUCGGACGUUGGAUAUAUUAACCACAGGGGCUUCGUAAAAUGCCGCAUUCGUUCCUUUAUAAAAUUGUGAAGUGCACAUAAGUACUUGAAAGAAAUAAAAUAAAUAGUCCUAAAUAA